AUCAAAUUAUGGUCUUGUAAACGUAAACAUUUAAAUUAUAGAACUGGAUAAGAUUCAUGUCUCAAGUCUGAUCAUAGUUAUCUUAUCAUACAAAAAUAAUAGACAUUAAAGGUUAACUUGGGGAAUGUCACUGACACAGUGGACUUGGAGGAUGGAAUCUUUCACAAGUAAAAUAUUCAGAAGAAAAAAGGGCCACAAAAAAAGCAUGAUCUCAGUAUAUGAAUGAAAAUCUGUUACUUAGGCUUUUAUAAGUUGAAAUUGAGUAACAUGCUUUCUGGCUCCAAAUGAACAUCCGUCUGCUUUAAAAGCCUAUAAAAAUGAAUAAUAAUUACAUUAGUGUACUUCCUGACAAACCCAUCAGCAACACAUGGCUCUUUCUAGCAGGGAAAUGAGUCUUCUUGUAGAUCUUGAACCACAUUACUCCGUGCUCAGCGUUUUCCCACUAAUGGAAUAGAAUUAGGCCUCUCUCAGUGUUGUUAUUGUUGACUAAAGCUACUAAAAAUCAUUUUUGGUCAUUGAAAUGAAGCCUAAAAUAAAAUAUUAGGUUAAAAAGUUAGACUUAAAAAAUGUUUGCCUUGGCAAAUAACUAUUAACUGUUAUAUAAUUUCAGCAAAAAAAAAAGAAAAAAAGAAAGAAAGGCAAGGUGAUACAAAGUGGACAGGUAACAGUUAAGAAUGUAAAAUUUUGGACAGUAGGACUAUUUAGAGAUAGAAAUGUGCACCCUAAAACUUUAUUCUCUUCUAAUAUUGUACUAAGAAGGCUUGGUUAUCUUCUAAUCAAAAACAACUGUAGACUACUUAUGAAGUCCUGGUGUGAAGGAUUUCCAACGUCCCCAGCAGCGUAUGAAGUAGGCGGAGCUUCGGUUGCCGCUGAAAUGAACGGCGCUCUGAAGCGCGCGGAGUCCAGGCACGCGUCGCUACAGACGCACCUGACGACAACGGUCGCCGCUCGCGCUGUGAUGAUGUUACUCCAGGUCUGACAGCAAAACUGGUCUUCACACGCGCUCACUCGCAUCACUUCACCAUGCAGACCUGCUUCUGCACUCAGCUGUCUUAUUUUAUGCAGGAUAAUACAGCAAGCCCAGCCAUCCAAUCACCUAAUAAGGAUCUGUUGGACUUUGCCACAGGAGAGUGUCAGUCAUCUGUCCCACAUGAGGUGUCAGAGCAGACAGAUCUCUCUCUACAGCUGCCACAGCUUCAUGCCACUCUCAGGAGAAAGCAAGAGGAGAUAUCCACCCUGAUGGUGGCGAAUGCCCAGCUGAGAAGUCUGGCUAAACAGACUGAGCAUUACACUACAUUACUAGAUGCUUCGUUCCAGAGAGACUUAGUCUCACACUGUACCUCGGUGAGUUCAACAGAGGACCAUUCUUCUGAACACUCCUGGAUCUCUCUGCUGACACAGGAAGAGCCAUCGGAUCCAUCUUCCACAGCUAUAACUAACUCCACCACUGCUGACACACAAAGCCCAACAUCAGGGGUCAAGCGGCAGCUGUGGUCCAGCUGGAAUGAGCUUCUCUGUGAAGAUGCUGAGGACUGUCCGUCAGGUUCCAAGCGGCUCAGUCUUGAUAAUGAACUUGUACAGGUAGACUUGGAGCAUCUGAAGGCCCAGCUGGACCAGGAUGAACGGGUUCCUCAACAACUAAUAGAAGAUUCAACGCUGACUCAGAAUCAAAGCCUGGAGAUGUCCUCUGAAGGACUGAUCGCACAGAGGAAGAACAUAUUUGGGUCUUUCCAUGGACUUCGGGUGGUUACGGAAACCCCAUCCAUCAAGUCUGAUCUGAACAUGAACGGUGAAGUUGUGUGCUUCAAGACCGCAAUCAGAGACCACAAUACAGUAAAGACAAAGGUUUUCCCACAUGGAAAAGCAUUCACUUCUCACACACCAAGUGGAUCUUGUCGGUUCCUUUGGGUUCCUAAUGAGCACUGAACAGAUGUAUGAUUCAAAGAGUAUUCCAUGUUUACACCAGCCAGUCCUUAUUUGAGAAAGGCUGCUUCUGAAUUCCCACACCUUCAUAGUAUGUACUGAAUUCUGUGAAGAACUACUCAGCCAUUGGUCAACCAUAAGGCCCAUUUACACCAAGAACGAUAACUAUAAAGAUAAGUAUAACGAUGACUAUAUUAGCGUCCACACCAACAGACAAUAUCGUUGUUUAUUGUAAGUGUGCGCUGCAGUUUUGUCUUCUGCCAUUUUAAAUGCUCAGGCUCUUUAAAGCAGGAUGGAUUCAUCAGCUGGAAAACAAUUUGUGAAAGUGAUUCCAACAAUAUUGUUCCUUUGUGCUGUUAUAUCUUUAUCAUUAUAGUUAUCGUACUUAGUGUGAACAGCUUUAGCUCUUAUAAAUAAAAGUUCUUUAUUGACAUCUAUAGUUCCAUGAAGAACCUUUAACAUUCAUGGAACUUUUCCAUAACAUAAAGAUUCUUUAUAGUGGAAAAAUGUUCUUCAGAUUAUUAAAAUAUUCUUCAUACUGUCUAAAAGGUUCUUUGGGGAACGAAAAAUGGUUCUUCUAUUGCAUCGCUAUGCAAAGCCCUUUUAGAAGCUUUCAAUUCCUGAUGAGCAAAAUGAAAAACAGUCCCAUCCUACAUUUAUUCUUGUUCAAGAAGCAGUUUCACUUAGAUAUAUAUGUCACAAGAGGGAAGAAAAGACUAUUUCAACUUCUGUUUUAUGCCGACUUUAAGAGUGUAUGCUGGUAAUUCGUAGUAUGUAUACAUUCCCGGACACACUAUAUCCGUCAUCAGAGUUUUACUCGGAUGUUCUUUGACCUGCGACGUAUUAGCAAAAACAAUUUAACCACAAGGACUU